GUGUACACUGAUUAACAUUCAGUGUUGGUGCUACAGCAUAAGCCACAUGCAUCAUCGCUGCUUUAAUUAUGCUGUGUUCCCUGCUCACAUCGAAGAACUCAGAACUUCUUAUCACCAUAUAAAGAACCAUUUUCAAAGAAAAGAUGACAAUAUUAAGAUAACAUUGCUGGAAAGACAAGGUCUGCCAGGAAUCAGGGAAAAGCACAGCUGCCAGUUCCUGAAGGAGAUGCUGAACUUCUACCUCAAGGAUGUGAUCCCUGCAGCCAAGACCAACAAAAGGAUAAUCAACAAACACAUCAGUAAAAUUGGGAAUGCCUUGCAUGAGCUGAAUGAGAAUGUGCAAAACUGUCAUCAUUUCUUCAACUGCGAACUGUGCAGCUGCAACCGAAGUUCCUACUUCAAGAACAUACAUCAGACAUUCAAGCAGUUACAGAUACAAGGCGUGUACAAAGCAAUGGGAGAACUUAAUGCCUUCAUUGACUGGAUUUGGAAUUACAUAAACUUGAAACGACGUUAAGAAGGAGUGGAGCAGACUGAUCGAUUGUCAAUACAGUAUUUCCUCAAUUAAGAAAAUCACUAGUAUUUAAAGCCAUAUUUAUAUUUAGGCUUGGCAGUUUCAGCAUUUUUGCUACUUCAUUGUGGUGUUUGCUUUUCCCAAUAUUUGUUAACCCUUUAAGAGUAAAAUGAACAGAAUGCUUUUCCGAUUUGUAGUGUUGUUCUCAGUCUGGACUGAUUUAGUAUUGUCUCCUGCUUUUGAAAGUUAGCUCCCUUGAAGACAACAAAAGUGGGUGUUGGGAGCAGUCAAAAUUGAACAGCCAGCAAGGAAUGGCAAGGUCAUUGCUAUCAGUCACCAUAAGACCAUAAGACAUAUGGAGCUGAAUCAAACCAUUCGGCCCAUUGAGUCUGUUCCACCUAUUGAUCAUGGCUGACAUAUUAUCCCUCUCAACCCCACUCUCCUGCCUUCUCCCCGCUAACUUUGGCCCCCUUACUAAUUGAGAGCCUAUCACCCUCCGUUUUAAAUAUACCCAAUGACUUGGCCUCCACAUUUGCCUGUGGCAAUGAAUUCUACUGAUUCGCCAUCAGUAAAUCCUUCCUCAUCUCUGUUCUAAAGGGAUUUACUUGUUUCUGAGGCUGUGUUCUCUGGUCUUUGACUCCCCCAAUGUUAGGAAACCCUCUCUAUGUCCACUGUAUUGUCACAACUGAACAUUCACCCUGUUCUCCAAGCAACUACUCAGGGGAUGGGGUAGAUUAAGGCAGUCUGUAACCAGAUAAUCCAAUACUAUUGAAGUGUCCUGUCUCUCUGACUCACCCUGCUCCCCUGUGCUACAGUGCCUCGCUUCUGCCCAAUGACACUUACUGACCCCACAAGAAUUCACCCGGUUUUCAAUGCUUGAAGUCACCAAGGUUAUUCCAAUUCCCCAGUAUCUAAAAAUGCUCCUUCUGUAUACCGCACUUGUUGCAAUUUGUCCUGUGAC